AUGGCCCCCGACCCCCAACCGCCCUCCGCCAGCGCCUCCUCCUUCAGCAAGACGGGCCCUCACCCCCCACCGGCGCCUCCUGAAGCAAACCUCCUCCCGGGGACCUUCGGCAGCAGCGCCUUCAAGAGCAGAGUGGCCACGGUGAGCGCCGGAUGUCCCGCCCUUCCCUCGUGGGUCCUGGACGAGCGAGAGGCGGCCCGGAUCGCCCGUCGACGCCGCCUGUUGCAGGAGAGGGCGCAGAGGAUUCACCAGCCGAGGGUCACGUCCAUCGCGGUUGAUGUCCAAGCUCUGUCAAGCCAAGUGGAAGAAAGGCGCCGCAAUGAGGAGGAGGAACGCCGGAAAGAGGAGGAAUUCAUGCGUCUGGCAGCCACGCAGGACCGAGCCGCGCUUCUCCUACAGCAACGUGAAAAUGAGGCCCGAGCGAACCAGCGCCACGACCUGACCAGGUUCUGGCGGGACGAGCAACGACCUGAGCGCCGCCGCGAGUACGACCUCAACUGCCACGACCACCUCAUCUCCACGCUCUACGACCUCUCGUUCGAGGGCGAAGACGAGGGUUUGCCGGAGCGAGUGAAGGCGCAGAGGCAGCAGGCGGAGGCGUGGCUGACGCAGCAGAAGGAGGAGAAGCGAGUGCGAGACCUGCAGGAGAGGGAGCAUGAGAGACUGCUUCAGCUAGAGGAGAUGGAAGCUGCAGAGAAAGCGAGGCAGAUGGAGGAAGCAGAUAGACUCUGCCGACACGCCCAGAGGCUGGCUGAUGAGCAAUAUAAUAAAGAACUGAGCCACGAGCGACAGAGAGCCAAGGAGCAGCAGAGGCAUCAGGAAUGGCAACAAGAAGCACACGAACUAAAAGGCGCCAUCUUUGGGAGUUUCUUAACCGAGGAUCCUGCCAUGGCUCACUCAGCCCUCGGUCCCCAUAGGGUCAUUACGGACAGAUGGAAAGGAAUGUCGCCGGAACAGAAGAAGGAAAUCCAAGACGUCCGCGAGAGACAAAUGGAGGAAAAGAAGCGGCGCGACGAAGCUGCUCAACGCGAACGCCAAGAGUGGGAGGAGCAUGCGGCGAGGGCGGACCGAGUGGGCGUGCUCCUUGAACAACGGGACGUCAAGGCCAGGAGCGGCGCGACGGAAGUGCUCAACCGACUCCGAACGCAAGAGUGGGGAGGAGCAUGCGGCGAGGGCGGAACCGCAGGGGGGCGUGCUCCUGAACAACGGGACGUCAAGGCAGGAGCCAUAUAUGGGAUUGCGCCCAUGGAAAGGAAUGUCGCCGGAACAGAAGAAGGAAAUCCAGACGUCCGCGAGAGACAAAUGGAGGAAAAGAAGCGGCGCGACGAAGCUGCUCAACGCGAACGCCAAGAGUGGGAGGAGCAUGCGGCGAGGGCGGACCGAGUGGGCGUGCUCCUUGAACAACGGGACGUCAAGGCCAGGAGCGGCUUAGCGAGUGAUCAGAAGCAGCAGGAACAGCGCAGGAAUCAUCUGUACACUUUGAACAUCCCUAGCGAGGACUAUUAUAACCAGUUUGGGAUAUAUCCACGUUGA